GCCAGUGUCCAGCCGGCUGGCAGGUGGAAGGGCUCAGGGACUCCCACUUCCUGUCCUGGAGAAGGUCCCGCGCCCCCGCCCCUAUGACCAACAUGAGCUGGAGCUUCCUGACGCGGCUGCUGGAGGAGAUCCACAACCACUCGACGUUCGUGGGCAAGGUGUGGCUCACCGUGCUGGUGGUGUUCCGCAUCGUGCUCACAGCCGUGGGCGGGGAGUCCAUCUACUCGGACGAGCAGACCAAAUUCACGUGCAACACGCGGCAGCCAGGCUGCGACAACGUCUGCUACGACGCCUUCGCGCCCCUGUCGCACGUGCGCUUCUGGGUCUUCCAGAUCGUGGUGAUCUCCACGCCGUCCGUUAUGUACCUGGGCUACGCGGUGCACCGCCUGGCCCGCGCCUCGGAGGAGGAGCGCCGCCGCGCGCCCCGACGCCGCCCGCCCCCGGGGGCCCCCGGCCGCCGGCCGCCCCGCGCGCCCCUGCCGCUUCCACCCCCGCCGCACCCCGGGUGGCCCGAGCCCGCCGGCCUGAGCGAGGAGGAGCCCAUGCUGGGCCUGGGCGACGACGAGGAGGAGUCGGGGGCGGCCGACGGCCCGGGCGACGACGACGCGGAAGCCGAGGACGCGUUGGCGGCCAAGAGCGCGGGCCUGGACAAGGCGGCGGGGGUGGCGGGCCCAGCCGGGCAGCACGACGGGCGGAGGCGCAUCCAGCGCGAGGGCCUGAUGCGCGUGUACGUGGCCCAGUUGGUGGCGCGGGCCGCCUUCGAGGUGGCCUUCCUGGUGGGCCAGUACCUGCUGUACGGCUUCGAGGUGCGGCCGUUCUUCGCCUGCGGCCGCCGGCCCUGCCCGCACGUGGUGGACUGCUUCGUGUCGCGGCCCACGGAGAAGACCGUGUUCCUGCUGGUCAUGUACGUGGUCAGCUGCCUCUGCCUGCUGCUCAACCUGUGCGAGAUGGCGCACCUGGGCCUGGGCAGCGCGCAGGACGCCGUGCGCGCCCGCCGCCCCGCGCCCGCCGCCCCGGGGCCCGCGCCCCGCCCGCCGCCCUGCCCGCCGCCCCCCGGCCUGGCCUGCCCGCCCGACUACAGCCUGGUGGUGCGCGCGGCCGAGCGCGCGCGCCCCCACGAGCCUGACAUGGCCAGCCUGGCGCUGCGGGCGCUGCGGGACGGCCGCGCGCUGGGGGAACGCGACAGCCCGCCGGGCCCCGGCCUCCUCGCUGCCGCCCGCGGCCCCACGCGGCCCAGCGCCCCGGCCUCGGGCUCGGGCAGCGCCGCGUCGGGGGGCACGGGCGCGGGCGGCGGGCAGGCCGGGCCGGGCGGGAAGCCCCGGGCCGGCUCAGAGAAGGGCAGUGCCAGCAGUAGGGAGGGCAAGACCACGGUGUGGAUCUGACGGGCGCCUCACGGGGCGCGGGGGCUGCGGGGCGGGGCGGGGCGGGGCGGGCAGCGGACACGGCGCGGCGCAGGGUAUCGUCUGUCUUCUUCCUUCUCCUCCCCACCUCCGCGGGGACCCUCACUCUCGGGAGGCGGGAGGGGGGCACACGCUGUCUGCUCCAUGUCCCUGCCGGCCCCUCCCCGAGCCCCCCUGUGUCCAGGGUAGGACGAGGACCCUGCGAGGGUCCCCAGCUCUGAUCCCCAACCCGGAAGGGUGGAGGGGACUGUGGUUGGGGUACACUCCUCCCACCCCCUCCUAGCCGCUCCUGGCCCCCUGGCUGGCUGCCCUAGUAGGAGGGACCCCGCUGAGCGGGCAGGGGCUUCACCCUCUCCUCUGCAGCAGCCCACCUGCGUCACCCAGGGGCACCUGGGGGGGAUGGGGGCACUGGGGGCACCGUGCUAGGUCCCUACUCCCUGUGGCACCAAUGGGGCUCCCUCCCCCCCUGCGCCCCUCCUGUUUCCUGCAGGGCUGAAAGCAAUCCUAGGUCUUUUUUGAGCAGAAGGGGAAACCAAGGUUGGGAUGGGCCUGGCCCCUGCUGGGCCCUGGUCCUCCCUCGGAAGGGAGCAUGCUCUCAGCUCCCUGCCGGACAGUGGUGACGCCAUAAGACAGACCACAGCUGCUGGGGCUUCUUGUACUGUGCUGUGGCCCCUUCCUCUGAACACACUGAAGUCCUACAAACCUGUGGGCUCACCUUCUGCAGGUGGUGGUUGGGGCUUGGGUGGAGGCCAUCCUGGGGAAGGGGUUCUGGGGUCCUCUGUGCCCCUUCUCUGCCCCCAGCCCCUCCCUAAUUCAAACACAGUCCCCAGG